CGCGUGUUUACACACUCCCAGGUCAGUUCAAGUCUCUGUAGCCCUUUAAGCUGUCAGCCUCGUGUAAAUUUGACUUUGUAGAGGAAGAACUGUCCUCUGUGUCACAUUACAGCCCGUGGAGGAAAAGAUGAAGGAGUUGAUAAUGAACCAGGAGAAGCUCGCCAAACUGCAGGCGCAGGUCCGCAUAGGCGGCAAGGGGUCGGCCCGCAGAAAGAAGAAGGUGGUGCACAGGACAGCAACAGCAGAUGACAAGAAGCUGCAGUUUUCCCUCAAGAAACUGGGAGUCAACAACAUCUCUGGCAUCGAGGAGGUGAAUAUGUUCACAAACCAGGGCACAGUUAUCCACUUCAAUAAUCCAAAGGUUCAGGCCUCCUUGGCUGCCAACACCUUUACGAUCACAGGGCACGCUGAGAACAAGCAGCUCACAGAGAUGCUCCCAGGAAUCCUAAACCAGCUGGGAGCCGACAGUCUAACCAGCCUCAGGAGAUUAGCAGAGACCCUGCCCAAACCAGCUGGAGAGAACAAAGCCCCCAUGGUUGCUGCUGAAGAGGAUGAUGAUGAUGUCCCAGAUCUUGUUGAAAACUUUGACGAGGCUUCAAAGGACGAGGCAAACUAACCAACACCAGCGACUAUUUCAGAGCCCCUCUUGACUCACCGUUCUUUGUCACAGCAGUAUUUUAUAAUUGUUCAUCUCUGUAACUGCUCUGUGGCUACAAACAGAAGUUGCUUUUUAAUUGUAACCUUGACAAUUAGGCUAAAACAAGUAAAAUUUACUUUUUUAUGGCGACUGUCACGUAGCCUUUUGUUUGAUUUGCCUCGUUCUGCAGUACAAAUGACGUUAUUUAAUUCAGUGGAAUGUGCAAACCUUUUUUCUUUCACACGCUGCCUCUCCUGCAUUGUCGUGCCCACACAUCAAACAUGUAUUGGUGGAAUUAAUCAUGUAAUAAAAAUGACGUUUACUCAUG